GUGCGCGCAGUUGGCAAACCUUAGAUUGAAGUUACGUCCUUGAUUGCUUCCAGCAGGCCGAGUGAGUCGGACGCUUAGAGCAAUCACGACCUAGCCUGCGGCAAUCACGACUUAUAAAAAAUUGUAUCAACAGUGCAAUAUUGGCGUAUUGGCAUGUACUCUGGCAUGUGAUACAGUUACAGAGAUCAUUAUUUGAUUCUUUGUGGAUUGCGAAGACUCACGCAGCGAAUCAUGCCAAGGCCUUCAAGAGAUAGCUAUGGCGAUCAAAAGCCCCCAUAUUCAUAUAUAUCACUAACUGCUAUGGCCAUAUGGAACAGCCCGGAGAAGAUGUGUACUUUGGCUGAAAUUUAUAAAUUCAUUAUGGAUUCCUUCCCAUAUUAUAAGAAGAACACACAAAGAUGGCAAAACUCAUUACGACAUAAUUUAUCAUUCAAUGACUGCUACAUCAAAAUUCCCAGAAGGCCUGACCGGCCAGGCAAAGGUGCCUACUGGACUCUCCAUCCAUCAGCAAUGAACAUGUUUGAAAAUGGAAGUUUUCUUCGCCGAAGAAAACGCUUUAAAAUAGCCAAGUCUGAGAAGGAGGCAUUAGAGGCCGGACUGCAGCAGUUGCAGCAGGGGCGACCGUUGGACAUGAUAGACUACACGCGGCUGGCUGACCCAGCACCUCCGACCCACAGACAAGCGUUCACAAUAGAGAAUCUUGCGUCAUCGGACGCAAAGCCUCAGUCUUCUUCAUUAACGAUGCCCACUCCUAUUUAUCCUUCUGGUGCUCACUUGGCUGCCCUGUCGGCCCAGCUCGGUGGGGUUCCACAAACUGACUUGCCAUCAACUACGCCUGCUUCGAUUGCAACAGCAGCCUUUUCUAAUUUACUUCCGAAAUUGGACCCUGUGUCUUUCCCACCCGUGAUGACCCUCGGUAAUUGCAUUGGAGCCGCCAUAAGUGCCGGCCUUAUGAACUCAUUUCCAUCAUCAAUGCCUCCUUCGUCUGUCCCUGCAUCCCUCACACCUUCCCAAGUUUCCUCUUUCAGCGCCGGACUUCCAUCCAAUACCAUGGCUUUUGAAGUCGCAGCGUCUCUCCAGCAAAUGUACAGCGCUGCUCUCAAUCACGUUCCUUCAUUACCAACUCCACAUUCUUUUCCAAUGAAUUGGAGAACCAGUGUGAAUCUGCCAGGGCUCCCAAAUGGGGUUCCUAUACCAAGACUCGAUCUUCCGAACAUGCAUAUGCCAUUACGACCAAGACCGCUCCCAGCGCCUCUCAGAAGACCUUUCCAAGCCCCUGCUUUCCCCACCAACCUAACGCCAACCAGUAAUUUGUUCGCACAAUCAAGCGGUAAAUCUGAUUUAUUAAUUAAAAACAGUCAUGGUAUCGUAGAUUUUUUAGAUUUAGAUUCACACAGAAACGAAACUUUAUCACAUUCGCUGCUGCAGUCGCCGAACAAAGAUUGUAUCAGGGAAGAACUGUUGGAAGAUAACGAAAAUCACGGCGUCAUCGGAAAAACGGUGUCCCUGAGCGUUAAAAGUGAGAUCACAACUUGACUUUUAAUCUUUAAAUGGAGUAAUUAAAGUCUAGCAGCUUGUAGAGUGAAUUGAGUGAACGAUCAAAUAAUUUCAUUCAGAUUUUAAAUUGAGAUGUUUAUGAACUGUACAUGCGAAAAUAACAAUGUUGUAGUUUAUAUAUUAUUUACCAGAACAGAAUGCAAGGCUA